AUUGAAGGAUAAGGGGAAUGGAAAAUAUCGGAUAAGAUUCUUGUAUAUCAUCAUCAUCAACUUUUUUCACCAUUUGCCCUCCUCCUCCGUACCCAGAAAAGGGGUUCUUUUCAAGAAAUUCUGAAUAAUUCUUGGUGGGAAUGUUAACUUCAACAUCUCUAAAUGUAGGCUCUUUGGGUGGCCUGAUAUUGAAUGCACCCACCCACAAUUCCCACAAAUCUUUCUUAGUCCCUGCAACAAAAUCAUUCCAUUUGUUAAUUUCCCCCACUAAACUCAGUGGCGCCACCGCCUGGAAAUCUGCCACCUCCGUAAAAACAGCCGUAGCCGCGGUGGAUUCCUCUGAUCCCACUGAAAAGGAACAGGAGCAAUCUGGGAAGAGGAAGUAUUAUUUUGUUGUAGCGAAUGCAAAAUUCAUGUUGGAUGAGGAAGAGCAUUUCAAGGAGCUAAUGUUUGAGCGCCUUCGGAAUUAUGGAGAGCGUAACAUAGAGCAGGAUUUCUGGCUUUUGAUUGAACCAAAGUUCUUGGAUAAGUUUCCAGAUAUUACCAAGAGACUAAAGAGGCCUGCCGUGGCCCUUGUUUCUACCAAUGGCCCCUGGAUAACGUACAUGAAACUAAGACUCGACCGGGUUUUGCAAGAAAGCUACGAAGCUGACAGUAUAGAAGAAGCUUUAGCUUCUAAUCCUGUCGAUCUUGCCUUUGAAAAGCCAGAGAAGUGGACGGCUCCGUACCCUAAGUAUGAAUUUGGGUGGUGGGAGUCGUUUCUACCCUCCAAGAUAUCAAAGGUAUGAAGCAACGCUCCUGUAGAAUUUCUUGUGUGACAGUAUCUUGCAAUUCCGAAACUUUGUCACAGUUGUUUGUUGGUAGGUAAUUAAUAUAAGAAACUCCUGAAUUAUAAGAAAUGAUUUGUAGAUUCUACUGUAAGGCUGCAGGAAAAGGCAUAUAGUGUAUGAAUUAUAUUGAGUGGCUUUAUGUAGACAAACCUCUGCAGUUUUAUCUACUAAUACCUUAUUAAGGUUAUUGAGGCCGAGACCAUUGUGAGCUGAAUACUAUAAUUUUGAGUUA